UCACUGCCAGUAAGUGACAUUUUGUUUGUCGUUAGUAGUCAAAAUUGGGGAACGCAAAUAUCAAACGCAGAAAAACGAAAACAGAAAGGAGAAAUUGCAUUUUAUUUACCGAAAAAUAAGCGAACUAACGCAAAAUGAAUGUUAUUCAAAAUGCGCUUAUCGGAAAUCCUUUUUCCACCCCUGUGGGCAGCAAGAUUGAACAAGCUACAGAUGGAAGUCUGGCUUCAGAAAACUGGGCUUUAAAUAUGGAAAUAUGUGACAUUAUCAAUGAAACUGAAGAUGGCCCUAAAGAUGCAAUUAGAGCUAUCAAAAAGCGACUCUCUCAAAGUGCUGGGAAAAACUACACCAUUGUUAUGUAUACCUUGACCAUACUUGAGACUUGUGUUAAAAAUUGUGGAAAGAGGUUUCAUAUUUUGGCUUGCAGCAAAGAUUUUGUUCAAGAAUUGGUGAAACUUCUUAGUCCAAAAAAUGACCCACCCACAGCAGUUCAAGAAAAAGUUCUCAGCUUAAUACAAAGUUGGGCAAGUGCUUUUCAGGCUGAUCAAGACCUAUUAGGGGUCAAUGUGGUUUACAAAGAUCUGUUGGCAAAAGGAAUUGAGUUUCCACCUACAGAUCUUGAUAGUUUGGCACCAAUACACACACCUAAAAAGAGUGUCUCAACUAUGGAAGCUCCAAGCCAAACCAGACCAAUAAGGCCGGCCAGUGUGCCCUCCCCCUCGGCCAGUCCCCUACCCCCUUUAGAAUCUCCAACUGGUGGGAUUCUAACUCCAGAACAAAGGGCCAAAUUGCAAUCAGAAUUGGAUGUUGUCCAAAGUAAUAUGAAUGUCUUAGGAGAGUUGUUGAGUGAAGUUAAGCCAGGGCAAGAGGAAAGGGAUGAAUUAGAGUUAUUACAGGAAUUGUAUUCAGUCUGCCACCAAAUGCAGCAGAGGCUUGUAGAGCUUAUUUCAAGGAUAACUAAUGAUACUUUGACUGAAGAGUUGUUAAGGAUAAAUGAUGACAUGAACAACUUAUUUUUAAGGUACAGCAGAUGGGAAAAGAAUAGAGGAUCUCAUGGGCACAGUGCCUCAGCCUCAGAAGUAGUAGCGAAAGCCAUACCGCCUACUUCAGCUGUUAAGCCCACUUUGAAGAAUGAUGAUAGCUUGAUUGAUUUAGAUGAUGAUGAUGUUGCUGAUACAGUUAAAAAGUUAGGUUUGGGUGAUUCUUUAAAUGGAAAAGGAACUGAUGAGUUUGAUAUGUUUGCGCAAUCUCGAAACGUUACUUAUGAAUCAUCCAAGAUAAGUGGUAGCUCAUAUAAAGAUAACAUCAACCCUAAUCAAAUUUCUGGUGGACUCAGCUCGGUUACACAGGGACAAUUAGCAGAGACUGACGAAGACCGAGAAUUAAACGAGAUGGCGAAUUGGUUAGGGAAAACAGGUGGAGCAGAAGAAUCGGUCACAUCAAGUGACUUCGAACGAUUCUUAGCAGAAAGAGCGGCGGCCGCAGAAAAUCUGCCCACAGUGUCCGCAGCUACUGGAUCGAAUAAUCCCAGCGCAUUAAAGAAAGAUAACAAAAAAAAGGAUGAAAAUCUUUUAGCUUUGUAAUUUGUAUUUUUAUUCGAUAAUCGAAGACUGUGCACAGCCGGAUUUAGGAAAAUUCUUUUUCAAUAAUAAUUUCAUGGGACAUAAAAUAUACAGCGACGGUAGAUUUGUUUAUAAAUUUUAAAAUUUAUACCAAAGAGAGUUUUAUUAGAAGAUCGGUCUAAAAGUUAUUUUUUACUACGGAACUAAACCAUUCCUUUAAAAUCUAUUAUAGGAAAAAGUUUAAUUGUGUUAUUUAUUUGACCUGUUAUAACAUUUUAAACAGAGCUUUAUAUUUAAUUUUAUGAUGUAAGUGUUGGUUAAUUUUAUUAGUUAGGAUAGGUAUUUAAGACAACAGUAUUAACCGCUGCUGGUUAAUAAAAUAAGUGUGAUGAAAAACGUAAUUAAUAUGUAAAUAUCCUGCAUUUCAAUAAUUGAUAUGUGCAUGUGUACAGGUUGUGUCCUGUAGCAAAAAUUAACAGAUUUGUUUAUAAGGGACACUAUUCAUAUUUUUAUCUUUAAAUAGAGCUAUAACUUUUUGUUAAUGUAUUAAUGGUAUUAUUAUUUAUACAUGUGUAUUGUAGCGCUAAAAAAUAUGUUAUUUAGUAUUAAAUAACGAUUAUGUAAUAUUGUAAUAAAAAUGCUGCAAAAGUGAAA